UGACUCUUAUAGCAGAAUUUUGUUCUGUUUGUAAGCUUAGUGCAGAAAUCUCAUGGAAGAUAGCACCCACACAUUUAACAAAUGAUUAUUGAAUGAUGAUAUCCAAACUUUCUGAGCUAGAACAUAAAUCUGGCUCUGUCAGUGUAUUUUUUGUGUGACCCUGGAUAAGUCAUUCUACUUUCCUCUCAAUUUUGUUUUACCCGGAGAUAACAAUCACAAAAAACGACGGUAAAGUACAGCACUUCACAGAAUGCUUUUUGUUUAAAGAGCUGACAAUAAAUACCAGAGGCAUCAGGUCAAGCCAAGCCUCUCUUGGAAAAACCCGACUUGCCUGAGGACAGGGGAUUUUCUUCCUAUGAAUCAGCACACCUUGUUUUUAUCUCUAUAAUACAGUUCCUGGCCUAUAAGAGGGUCUCAAUAUUGUGAAUUUAUGGAUGUUAUUAGGCACAUUGCAGUCUUGGCAGGCCACUGCCUCUUCAAUCUCUUUUCCCUGUGAUCCUUUUAAAACGUAACAUCUAAGAGGCCGCCGCUAUUUGCUCUGUGAUAAGUACCCCCGGUAUUUACUUAAAAACAUCCAAGCCUGGAGAAGUAAUUCUUGUCUUUAGGGCACCAUUUCGCUUUUCCAUCAUACUUCGCCCCAGGCUUGGGAUCUGGGUCUCGAGGCUACAGGGAAGAGUUUGGUAAGGGAAGCUCAUCUUCCGGCCCUCUGAUUGGCCGGCUCGCACUCCACUCACGCGGCUCGCGGCUCUGAUUGGCCCCGGCGGCACCCCUCGGCCCGCGACUACUUUGUGUGCCCGGGCGGCGAGCCUCAGGUCCUCCCGCUCAGCUCGCAGUCUGGGCUGGUCUGAGGUAGCUCUUCGGCCCACUGCUCUGCAUCGCGGGCGCCAGGAAUUUCCAGAGUCCGAGCGGGUUUCUGCUUUUGCUAAGAGGGCAUCCGUGACCCUGAUGGUGUUUUCAUUCAAGAUCAAGUGAUUUAUUGCCUUUAUUGGUUAACUGAACAAAUUCAGCAUGUAGAGUCCAUGAAGCACAGGACAAUAAAGCUUCCUACUCAUAUCACCAGAAGGAUCUCUUUGAAAGAUUCACCACGGGACUAUAAGAGAGAAUCAUUUGAAGCAUCAUGUGUUGAAACGACAGAAGUCUGUUCACCUGUGCACUAACUAGAAACAGAGUUACAAUGUUUUCAAUUCUUUGAGCUCCAGGAAUCCAGGGGAGUGAGUUGAAAAUCUGAAAAUGCGGCCAUGGACUGGUUCCUGGCGUUGGAUUAUGCUCAUUCUUUUUGCCUGGGGGACCUUGCUAUUUUAUAUAGGUGGUCACUUGGUACGAGAUAAUGACCACCCUGAUCACUCUAGCCGUGAACUGUCCAAGAUUCUGGCAAAGCUUGAACGCUUAAAACAGCAAAAUGAAGACUUGAGGCGAAUGGCUGAAUCUCUCCGGAUACCAGAAGGUCCCAUUGAUCAGGGACCAGCUACGGGAAGGGUACGUGUUUUAGAAGAGCAACUUGUUAAGGCCAAAGAACAGAUUGAAAAUUACAAGAAACAAACCAGAAAUGGUCUGGGGAAGGAUCAUGAAAUCCUGAGGAGGAGAAUAGAAAAUGGAGCUAAAGAGCUCUGGUUUUUCCUGCAGAGUGAACUGAAGAAAUUAAAGAACUUAGAAGGAAAUGAACUCCAAAGACACACAGAUGAAUUUCUUUUGGACUUAGGACAUCAUGAAAGGUCUAUAAUGACGGAUCUAUACUACCUCAGUCAGACAGAUGGAGCAGGUGAUUGGCGGGAAAAAGAGGCCAAAGAUCUGACAGAGCUGGUCCAGCGGAGAAUAACAUAUCUUCAGAAUCCCAAGGACUGCAGCAAAGCCAAGAAGCUGGUGUGUAAUAUCAACAAAGGCUGUGGCUAUGGCUGUCAACUCCAUCAUGUGGUCUACUGCUUCAUGAUUGCAUAUGGCACUCAGCGAACACUCAUCUUGGAGUCUCAGAAUUGGCGCUAUGCCACUGGUGGAUGGGAGACUGUGUUUAGACCUGUAAGUGAGACAUGCACAGACAGAUCUGGCAUCUCCACUGGACACUGGUCAGGUGAAGUGAAAGACAAAAAUGUUCAAGUGGUUGAGCUUCCUAUCGUCGACAGUCUUCAUCCACGUCCUCCCUAUCUACCCUUGGCUGUACCAGAGGACCUCGCAGAUCGACUUGUACGUGUCCAUGGUGAUCCUGCAGUGUGGUGGGUGUCCCAGUUUGUCAAAUACUUGAUCCGCCCACAACCUUGGCUAGAGAAGGAAAUAGAAGAGGCCACCAAGAAGCUUGGCUUCAAACAUCCAGUUAUUGGAGUCCAUGUUAGACGCACAGACAAAGUGGGAACAGAAGCUGCCUUUCAUCCCAUUGAGGAAUACAUGGUGCAUGUUGAAGAACAUUUUCAGCUUCUUGCACGCAGAAUGCAAGUGGACAAAAAAAGAGUAUAUUUGGCCACGGAUGACCCUUCUUUAUUAAAGGAAGCCAAAACAAAGUACCCCAAUUAUGAAUUUAUUAGUGAUAAUUCUAUCUCUUGGUCAGCUGGACUACACAAUCGAUAUACAGAAAAUUCACUUCGGGGUGUGAUCUUGGAUAUACAUUUUCUCUCUCAGGCAGACUUCUUAGUGUGUACUUUUUCAUCCCAGGUCUGUCGAGUUGCUUAUGAAAUAAUGCAAACACUGCAUCCUGAUGCCUCUGCAAACUUUCAUUCUUUAGAUGACAUCUACUAUUUUGGGGGCCAAAAUGCUCACAACCAGAUUGCCAUUUAUCCUCAUGAACCUCGAACUUCAGAUGAAAUCCCCAUGGAACCUGGAGAUAUUAUUGGUGUGGCUGGAAAUCAUUGGGAUGGCUAUUCUAAAGGUGUCAACAGAAAACUGGGAAGGACGGGCCUAUAUCCCUCCUACAAAGUCCAAGAGAAGAUAGAAACUGUCAAGUACCCCACAUAUCCUGAGGCUGAGAAAUAAAGUUCAAAUGGAAGAGAUGGACAACCAAACUCAGUUGAAACCAUUUGAGCCAAACAGUAUAUGAAGAAGGUCCUGACCUAACAACAUGUGGUUCAAUGAGUAGACACCUUCAGCACCAAGAGCAGCAGAGGCUUCAGUUGGUGGAAUUCCUCUUUAACAAGGGCUGCAAUGCCCUCAAAUCCAUGCACAGUACAAUAAUGUACUCACAUAUAACAUGCAAACAGGUUGUUUUCUAUUUUGCCCCUUCUUUCAAUAUUAUGUCCCCAUGAAAAAAACACUGCCACAUUGUGUAAUUUAAGUGACACAGACAUUUUGUGUGAGACUUCAAACAUGGUGCCUAUAUCUGAGAGAUCUUUGAGACCUAUUGAGAAGUCCAGAACAGCUCCCUACUCUGGGGAAGUUGAUUCUUAGUCAGUGGUGGUAUUGUGACCACUGAAUUCACUCCCACCAACAAAUGCAGAAUGAGAAUCGUUGUUUUUUUCCUUUAUAAGGUUGUCUGGAUAUUUUUUUUUUAAGUAAUUGCAUCAGUUCAUCCACCUCAUCAUUAAUAAGUGAAGGGUACAUCAGAAAAUAAAAUAUUCACUCUUCAUUAGAAACUUUUGUAAAACAAUGCCAUGAACAAAUUCUUUAGUACGCAAUGUUUCUGGACAUUCUCUUUGAUAACAAAAAAUAAAUUUUCAAAAGGAACUUUGUAAAGUUUCUAGAAUUUUGUAUCAUUGGAUGAUGUCGUAAUCAGCUUUAUAAUGGAAGAACUAUGACAAAAAGAGUUUUAUAGUUUUUCAGCUUUCCUACUUUUUGUUUCCUGUUUCUCAUAUAAUAACUAAUCACUUAACUCAAAGAGACAUUUGUUUAUUUUAAUACUGAAAACUGAUUUUAGUUGGUGCACAUUACAAAGUUGCUAAGAACACUCUUUGGGAGCUUUUAUUCUCUUAUUUUGGACAUUUUAAAAAUUGAAUUAAAUAAUCAUAUUCCUUGCUUUCA